AAAACAUGUUUGGCUUAAGUGUUCAUGUUUAACCACUUCCCAUCCGUCCCAUGUAUAUAAAUGGCUGGACGGGAGCAGUGCAAGAGUGGGUGGCUGUUUAUAAAUGUCCUCCCGCUUCCCUGCCUGUGUGCGCUCCCUGGGAGCACGCGGCACCGCAAUCCGGUGCCCACUGUGUCCUCCGGACAGAGCAGAACACCGAUCGCUGUACAGGACCUCUGUGUGAGGUCCCGAUGAUGUGAUCACUGAUUGGCCAAUCAGUGAUCACAUGAAUAGUAGUAAGCAAGAUGUCACUUCCUGACAUUAUUGCUUACUACUUCUGAAAUCUGUGAAUAAUCACAGAGGUCACAUGGUACAAGGCUAUGCACAACAGCCUUGUACCAUGUGACAAGCUAUGACCAAUCACAGCUCUCACAGUA